CUCCCCCCCCUGUCCUCCUUCCAAGAGAUCCUUGAUGCUUGGCCGCACGCGCAUCGCGCUGAUUGUUUCCAACGGCAGGAGCACGAGACCAAGUUGUACUCAUCCGUGGGCCGACGGUUGAUCCUCGAGAAAAGAGAAGAACCGAGUGGGAGCGCGGUAGAUGAGCCAAGAAAGAGUCUCCUAAAGUCGGCAAGAAAUCCAGCUCAGUAAAAAGAGCUUCGUGGGCUGUUCAGGACCGGACAGACUCCCAGAACCUGACACACCUGACCCAGAUUGGACCGAUCCGACCCUGUGCUCUCUGUCCACACACGUGCAACAAAAGCCUGCCGUCUCCUCUGUGGUGUACUAGCAACUAGACCAACAUUUACUGGAGUCUCUCAUGCUAACCGAGUAUGGAUGGUACACAGGACGGGGUUCAGAUCGGAGAGAAAAAGUUCAUCAGCAAGGCAGCAAUCCUCUCGUAUCUGAAAACAUACAACCUUUACUAUGAGGGGCAGAAUCUCCAGCUCCGACACAGAGAGGAAGAAGAGGAGCUGAUCAUCGAAGGCUUGCUGAAUAUCUUUUGGGGCCUUCGGCGGCCAAUCAGACUUCAGAUGCAGGAUGACCACGAGCGGAUUCGACCGCCGCCGUCCUCCACGUCCUGGCACUCAGGCUGCAACCUGGACAGCCAAGGUUCUCCCAACAACACAGACGGUCAGCAGACCUCAGAGCAAAUUCCUCCCACUGUGGAAGUGACGCCACCUGACAGUAAACAAGAAGACAACACGGAGACGGAUGAAGAGGACAGUGAGAGCUCCGCUCAGCUUCUGCGGACGAAAAGCGACGCUGGCGUUUUAAGACGCGGCCAGCGGAGGUCUCCAAGCGACCAGAGGAAAAUCCGACGCCAUCGAUUCUCCAUCAAUGGACACUUUUACAACCAUAAGACAGCCGUGUUUACGCCUGCAUAUGGGUCAGUUACAAAUGUCAGAAUCAAUAGCUGCAUGACCACACCGCAAGUGCUUCGGGUUCUCCUCAACAAGUUUAAAAUCGAAAACAGCGCGGAUGAUUUCGCUCUCUAUCUUGUCCAUGCAAGUGGAGAGCGAGUGAAGCUGAAGCGGACUGAUUUUCCUCUGGUGCUGAGAGUCAUUCAGGGUCCAUGUGAGCAGGUCUCCAAGGUCUUCCUCAUGGAAGAAGACUUGGGUGAAGAAGUCACAUAUGAUGUGGCGCAGUAUAUCAAGUUUGAGAUGCCUGUUCUUCAGAGUUUCAUAACCAAAUUGAAGGAAGAAGAAGACAGAGAGGUGCAGAAGCUCAGAAGAAGGUAUAAUUACCUGCGGUGUAUAAUAGAAAAGCAGCUUCGUGGUCUUCCAGAAGGAGCAAAGUGUAUUUAACCUAAUGAAGGUGAGGAUUUCCUCCAGCACAAACUGUUAGGAACUGUUUACAUCCGCCGCCAACAGAGAGAGAGAGAGAGUCGAUCAGGCAAGAACUUCUCCUUUCUAACUCCUCCACUUCACUCUUCUGCUGUCUUCCUGUACGCCAUCACAUACACGGCUCGAGUGAUUUUACCUUUUUUAUUUGUUUUUUUAUUUUAUAAGCUUCCUGAGCCUAAAAUAAGAGGCCACAUCCUCUGUUCUUAUUCUAAUCAAGCACAGCUGUAAUGUGACAUAAUUAUAGUAAAGUGCCUAUUUUAACCUCUUCUGAGCACAAAAUGCUCACAAAUGAUCAAAAAGAGCUGGAGCUAAUCACACUGGCUGAAAGCACAAGGUUUUAAGAUCCAAGCGCUGAUGCCAAUGUUUGCAUUUACAUUCCUCCCUGAGCUGGGCGAGUCUGAGAACUGAAUUUUUAUCAUCCGCCUUCGUUUCACUGCAGCUGAUAAAUCCUAAUGCUCAGAUUAUGCUGUUAUUAGCUGUUCUGUAAACUGAAUGUUAUGUUUGUUUUGAUACAGACAAAAAAAUGACUGCAUGUUGAAAUGUGUGAGUUUAAUGUUUGGUUUUCACAAUUUUUAAGUUACAUCUAAUAACUGAAGAUAUUUCACUGAGAUUUCAUGUGAUAGAGCAGCAUAAAGUUGGGCUUUGUUGUAAAGUGGAACAAAAAUGUUGCUUAACUUUUAAGUUUUUAUCAUCUGAAUAGUGUGUUUAGUCAAUACUUUUUAGAACUGUCUUUUGCAGAAAUUACAGCUGCCAGCCAUUAGGGGGUUUGAGCACGGCCACUGGAACAGGGGGGCGCGAGGGGCUGAUGUCCCAAAGGCAACUGCAGCAUUAAACGUAGAUGGCAGAUGGCUUUUCUUUUAAUAUUCGAGAAAAACGUCUCUGAAAAAUGAAAAUGCUACUUUAACCAGAAAAUAUGCAUCUUAUUAAACAAAACUGCAAAAACAUAAAA